AUGUCUACCGAGCACCAACUCCGUGUACACUUCUUCUCGAUUUUCUUCACGUUUGCUCUCAUUUACCAAGAAAUUGAAGGUAUGAACGAUAGCGAAAUUGAUGUUUUUAUGUUAUUGAAGAACUGUUUUAUACAUACAUGCUGGUAAAAUUUUGAUUUAAUGCUAAAGAACUGUGAGUUACAAGAAGGCUUUGAUUUCACGAAGGAAGAAGCAUUGUUCACAAGUAGUUACUUUUUUAUUAAGCCAGUAUCUUUAUGGUCAAAACAUGUCGAAUAGUCGCACAGUGGCACUUAAUAGUUUGUUCUUAUUUCCACCACAGGACUCAGCUUCAAAGCAGGAAAAUUCAAUGUGACCACAACUUUGAGUCUGUUUGCCUGUAAGAAUGUUUCUUUUGAGGAGCCUUUUCACAGUGGACAAGAAAUUAAAAUCUUCAUUUCUAAAAGCCAUGCAACGGAAGGUUCUACUCGAGCUCGUGGAAAUGGUGCAGCAAUUUGGGUGGAAUCUGUGAAUAACAAGGCAUUUACUGCCUGUGUUUUGGAGUACGGAGAUGGCUCAAGUGGCGCUUCGCAAGUGAACUGGAUGGCGCUGCAAUCUGUACCUGCUGGCGCUCAACUAGGCACAGCUUCUUUAAACGCCUGGACUACUGGAACAAAGUGUAAAAGAAUCGCUUUUGAAAAGGUUUGAUUAGUUCAGUUUUUCAUCUUUUUUUGAAAUUUCAUUUUUUUUGUCGCCUACAAAAAAAACCCUUCAGCCUUUCACUUUAUACUCGUUAUUUCAUAUGUUCACUCAUAAAAGGUGCCCAAGUUUCACGAGUGCCCAAGAGUCAUGCCCAAGUUUCAGCGUGUUUGACAACGUUGAUGUUGUUGCUAUGCAGGUGGUGUGACGUGUUUUCUUACUAUUACCUGUUAUGUCAUAUUUUUUGAAGAGAUGAAAAGUUUGAUUGAUAGACUGGGAUAAACUCAACAAAAUAAUGUUAUUUUUAUCAGUUACCGUGACGUCAUUAAUGUGGCGGCUAUAUUGGCUGCCAUCUUGAAUUUUAUUUAAAAUUCGUUUUUCGCUAAAAUUUGUCUUAAUGACAUUAAAUUUGAGAAUUAAGUUUGAAGUAUGCUAUAAUCAAAUAUUUUUCUUUUUUUGGAACUAUGCUAUGUGUAAUUUUUUAUAAAGAAAGUAACGAGCAUUUUUUCUUAGAAGUGGCUAGCCUUAUGCUAUUUAUGACGUCAUAUCUUGCUACCAUAGCAAUCUUCCAUGACCAAAUUUGAACGGAAUUUGCACUAGGAAUAAAAUGAGCAGUUGCUAAAAAGAAAACGCCUUGGCUGAAAAUUCGUUUUUGAAAAUAUUGGGCAAAACCUGUGCGCUUCUACCAAUUCAAUUGAUGUCAAAUUUCAAGUUCUAAAUCUUCAAUCUCUUUCUUGUUCUUAAUUUGUUUUGACAGGGAAGAACAAAUUAAGAACAAGAAGGAGAUUAGAAUAAAGAAAAAGAAAUAGAGGAGAAAAGAUAGGGCUUUAAAGACCAGAAAGCCGAGUAAACUGAAGCAGCUAAAGAAGAAAAUAUAUAGAAAAUUGGAUCAAGAAAAUAAAACAACUUUUGAGAAACAACUGGGUCAAGUAAAUAUAUUAUUGGAACUUCUAACGGUAUUUAGUCUUGUAUACCCUGAAGAAGGCAGCAUUGCCGAAACGUCGGUUAAGAUUCUUAUAAUAACAGCGUCAUUUUCACAAUUUUUAAAUUUACAUUAGUUACUACGCUGCGCAGGUUUUUCAAUUUUUAUUUACACAAGUAAAUAUAUUACUUAAAGUAACAGACUAAUAAAAAGAUGAGAAAUAAAUCAAGAGUUGAAGAAACUGAAAAAAAGAGCAGUGAACUUAUAGUUUAUGUCCGAGUUAAAAAAACUUGCAGGUAGAUUUAUUUACAAAGGAUGCUGGGGAAAAAAAGGAAGGAAGUAAUAGAAGGGUUUAAAAAAGUAAAAAAACAAAAAACACUGAAACUAAUUUUGGUUUGGUUUUCUUGAUUGUUUUGUUGGUUUUUUGUCUGUUUUCCUGAUUUUCGUAUCUUGCCUCUUUCUGACUACUAAACAUGGCCAAAGAAAAAUGAUUACAAAAAAAUUCAACUUUCAUUUGUAAAAUCCUAAGAAAUAUUUGAUUAAUCUAUACAAGACUCUCAUAAAAAAGUUCCUUUGAAAUAGCGACACUUCAGUGCUUCGUCCACAAAUUUAAGAGUUAGAGUAUGAAAAUAUCACGCCAUAAUGUGGUCUAGGAAUAAAGGGGUUAAUUGUUUUUUUAAAUGUUUAUUUCAUUUAACACUCUGCCCUCGAUCAGCAACAGUACUGCUUUCCAUGGUAGAACUUAUAGUUUCUCUCCUUUGUCAUCUUUGUUCCUUGAAAAUAUUUUAUGGAUAAUAUCAUUUGUUCAUAUUUUUCCUCUUUCAGCUUUUCCAGGCUCUUCCAAAUAUCUUCGUCACUGUUCGUCACCAGGUUCUUAAAAGACCUCAAGACGCUUUGGCCCUGUGGGUAGAUGACUUGCGCAAGGACAGUUUUAAACUCUGCGCCAGAGAAAUUAAGAGCUUUGAUGGAAUUCACAAAAAUAUCAACGUCGUAAGUAAUAAUCCAGAUAAUUGCUUUCUUCGAAAACUAAUUGUUUUGUUAGUAGUGGGGUCUUUUGGAACUAAGUAGAAUUGCGUGAACUCUUAACCACAGAACGAAUUUUAUGCACUGUUAUGUUGGUAUUUUCAUUAACACCAAUAUAGAUUGUUUUUCGUACAAGAAAGUAGGCAAAACUCUACAAUAGCUUAUUCAAAAUUGCCACGGCUCAGUAUCGUCAUACCUUGUAAUCGUAGCAACUUUUUGCUACAAAAUUUGUAAAAAUGUGCCUGAGGAGGAAAUGAACGUUUAAUAAAAACGUUGAUGCUCGAUUAUUUUUCUAUCUCAUCAAUCCCCCACCCUCCUUCUUAUGCAUUUGAGAGCAAAGCAAAUAUUAAAUAUGUGGCGUUGUUGGGUACCCUUGCUUUGCUUUCUUCUUGGUGUGAAAGCGUAAUGACAUUAAGAACAAGUGUUACAUUUAUAGGCUCAAAAAUUCUUGCUUCAUAUCUUUACCUCUUCCCUGCAGGAUUGGAUGGCUUUUACCAAAUUGAAGACUGACAAUUUCACCUUGACUGAUAGUCUCCUGUUUACAAACAACAACUCACCAUCAAACAAACAGGACAACAACGCUAUUUGCCAGGUAGUGCCAUUUGACUCGUGUUUUAAGGCUUGCCUCAAAAAUUUUGUGGGCUUUAAUUUCAAGUAGAAACAUUUCUCUCAUCUUCACUUGGUAAGCAGUUUCCUAUCCAGGCUUGAUUCUAUUUGAUUCGGUUUUUCAUUGUCUGUCUAAGUCACGUGACCGGCAUUGGCCUUGUAACGGUCAAAAUGUUUCACCGAAAAUGGGGAAUACUUAGUCAAACUGUAUUCUCCUUAUUUUAUCGUUUUUCUAAGGCUUCUAGCCUGAGCUUUAGAGUGCCAGCCUUUAAUUAUGUCCACGUAAGUUUUGUCGGAAACCGUCAAUUAAGGGCCAGCUCACGUGAUUUAACAAACAUACUAGAAACUGAUAAGGUAUAGAAUGAAUACCGUCUUAAAAGGUAGAAUCGUGUUAACAACCAUCUUUAGACCAUUUUGACGUCUAAAAUUUUGGAAUGUUUGAUAUGCAAAUGUAUCCAAUUUAAAGAAACGUUUUGUGACGUCAUCAGGAGCGGAAAAUCACCUGACGCUAUAUAACACUUCUGUACGAUCAAACAAGUCAAAUGUUAAUUCUUCAAGUUUCACAACUGAAACAAACUUAUUCUUAUUCUGCAAACGUGAUUUCUUAAAACUCUACUGGGGGUCCUCUAUAUUAACAAAUCCAAGCCUUGAUGCACUCGAGUCUGGCGUUCAGCAUUGAACACUCCCGUUUUUUUCUUUCCUCUACUUGUUUCUGUUAUUCCAAUUAUAGCUCACUAGAUAAUAUCUUUGUAAAUAUUGUAUCCUUUCAAAAGAAAAAGUUCCAUUUUCCACCUGUAUUUAGUUGAUAUGAGGAAUGAGAAAAUGGAUGUGAAGAUAGUUUUUCUUGGAAAGUGAUUACCUAUUUCUUGUGCUAUUUUCUUUUUUGUUCUUGGUUUCAGAAAGUCAAGUUCCAGGAUGUUUUUUACGCCCCUCCGGUUGUAAUGGUGUCUCCAAGACUUGGUUACAAUAACAACAAAUCACGUUUCUCAGGAUCUGUACCAUGUAACUUAGUUACUGCCUGGGUUGAGGUUAGAAACAUAUAGUCUGCCUAUUCUUCCUGUGGUUCUAAUAGGGAGAAUUUGUUUAAAAGUAAAGAAAUGUUGUUUUUACCGUUGUCCUUAUACUCACGUUAGAAACUUGGAUUUUUCCAACGACGUGUAGCGGGGUACAUAAAGCGAAUGAAGGCUAUUUAACUGGUUUCUCAUAUUCAUAUAGUUAUGGCAAAUAGCCUUCCUAAAUGAUGGUACAUUAAGCUCUUUUUACGAAUAAUAAAACCAGGCUUUCCGCAAAGGAAACACUCAUAAGAACUCUUGUGCAGACUUGUGCUUUAGAAGCUGAUUUUUUUUAUAGUUUUGUACUCGUUUUGUUCUUUAAAACAAAGGUGUAAGAUUUAACAGGUGAUCAUAAAUUGUUUUAACAAUUCAUGAUCAGUAUUCGUUAUUUCUUACUCUACUUGCAGUAACCCUUAGUUUAACCAUCAGUAAAUCGACAAGUCAGUUGAAAUUUGAAAAAAAAAAAUAUUUUUUGACUUUUUUUGCUUUACUAACAUAAAAUGAACAGGUUUACUCUGGUUCAACAAAAUACUAUAUUUUGUGAAAUGUGAACUUAAAGUAUUUCUCUCGUUAUUUUGGAAUAUGCCUAGCAUACAUCUACAAACGAAACAGAAGUGUGCGUGAGUAGCUACAACAAUGACGCCAACGAUAAGGAUAUCAUAAAUGUCGAUUAUAUGGUAAUUGGAGGUACGUAAUAAAUUAUGUAACGUAAAAUGAGGGAACAGCAAUGACUUUUGUCUGUAGACAAUCACGGUGCUCUCCUAACAAUUAUACAUAAAAGCGAUUGACUGUACAAUACAAAAACGCAUAUUUCGAUUAAAUUUUAUCCUAAAUUAAAGUUCUUUUCCUUUGUUUCAAAUCAUUCAGAUUAUACAUUACCAGCCCCCCAAAACAAAAAAAAGUGAGAUUAAAAAAAAAUUCCGCAAUAUACGACAUAGAUGGAACUGAGCGCUCAUGUGCUUUAGGCUGUGGUCACAUUAUACUGAUAGCUUUUCGUGGUGCCGCGACUGAGAAGCUAUCCGGCAUAGUGUGUGAACACCUACAUGUAUCCAACAUGUGACUCUCCACUUAAGAGAUCUGCGAGGCACAGCCUCUCUUUGUCACAGAAAUCACGCCGCCACAACCAUUUUUUUUUUGUGUCAACAGAAUCCCUAUCCGAUAUGAUUUUCGUGGCGGCCCAAUAUCUAUCCGGUAUACUGUGAACAUAGCCUUAACUUUUAUCCAGUUCCCUGAUAACUCAAAAUUCCAGGCUGUUUUAUCUAUUGACGAAAUCGAAAUGAAUGAAUCUGAGAUGAUGCACUCUGAUUCCAUCACUUGUAUGUUUGUCUUUUAGACUUGGAUCCUUGUAUAGAUGUGACAUGUCAUUAUCACAGUCUGUGUAAGGCUUUUGGACCUAAUGAUGCACGCUGUGUGUGUGUUGACCGCUGCCCAACUUACAAAGAACCCGUAUGUUCAUCCAAUGGCACUACGUACGACAACAAAUGUCUGUUUGAACAGGAAGUUUGUCUCAAUCAACUAAACUUUACCGUGCAACAUCCUGGGAGCUGUGAAGGUCAGCAGUUUUGUUGCCUUUUUAGUGGUCAACGUGCACCUUUUCACUGAAUUCUGUUAAUCUUGUUGGACUGAUGGUAACUUUGUUUUACUUCACUUCCGUUUACUUUCCCAAUAUUUUGGGGGUAAAGCUGUUGCGUCAACAAGGGAUUUAAGUUUGUUACUAUAAGCUUAUAGCUCAUCUUUACAACUCCUUUUUAGGAUUUCCUCUUCAGCGUGGUCGCCUUCACAUGGCCCAUAUUCCAUCUCUGGGUUAUUCUCACUGUCAAGUAAUUAGUUUCGAACCUUUUGUGUUUUAUCCUGACAAAUCCAUUGAAGUGCAGAUAACUGUCAAUCAUAUGGAUACCACUGACAAAUCGUAUGUCCAUGACGCGGCAGUAUCGUGGAUUGAAAAUGUCAAUAACGGCGGAUUUACUGCCUGUGUGAUGGCAGCCGGAUAUAACGAACGAAAGUCAUAUGCUAACGUGACAGUUGAUUGGAUGGCGUAUCAAGGUGCUCCAAUGGGUGGCGUGACUGGUGAACUGCGCAUGUCACAGUGGUGGACAGGGACGACUUGUGCAACUGUCAAGUUUCCCACUGUGAGUUGCCCUGAUCUAUUUCUGAACGUUCUCUUUUUCAAAGCUUUAAUGGUUACAAACAUCAUUCACGACAGUUGAACUUUUGAAAGUAUUGUCAAAUUACAGUUCAGGGUGCUUUAUAGUUGUGAAAAAAUGCUAAACAAUAAAGUAGUUCAUGAAAUGAAAUAAAAUAUAAAGUGAUCGUUCUUUCACUAGUUAACCACAUUUACUUAUGUCAAUUCGAAGAAGUGAAACAUAACGUUCAAACUGCCGCGUUUAAUAACUUUGCUAAAUCUAUAAAGAUCACCAUUCUUUCUUUGAAUUGUUAAUAAAGUUAAUAAAUAAAGAAAUAAAAAAUAAAGAAAUAAAUAAGAACAGAUGAUAAUAAUUUUAAAUAGAGGCAUUUUAUAAGAAUGAAAAUUUUUCUGUGUUAUUUGCAGAG